UGGAUGUACGGCGCCCUUAGCAUUGGCCUAUACUGCCUAUGCCACGGGCCGGUCCUGCAACCAGUUAGUCUUUACAUGUGAUCCAGAGCAUCCAAGCGGACACGCUGAUAUGCUUUUGCUGCAAUUGCCCUGGCCUCCUUCAGAGGGAGCCCCAGUGUCCAGCAGCACAAAACCAGGCAGCAGCACCGGAGCAGUAGCAAGUGCGGUGCUGUUGACCUGAGCAGAGACUUUGUGCCGCCGUCGUGAGGAAACACCGCGCAGAUGAAGGCACCGUCGCGGAAAACUAUCCCGCAUUUUUCCAUUUGAUUAUCGUUGCAGACCAGACAACACCCUCCUUCUGCCUUCCUGUCUCUACCGGGAUCGCACCGUUGCUGUAGGUCUUUAAUUCGGGGUCUUGCCUGUUUUUCCUCCGGGAGGCUGAAUGGAAGCAGCAGCCGAGGGAGCGGCCGGACUCUCGGAGGCCAGGGACGGGAGCCCGCUAUCCGGGGCCACAGCAUCCGAUGAUUCGGACAUGGUGGCUGGAGUUAGCCACGGGAUGGACACCGCUGACAUGGAUGCUGGUGCUAAGAAAGCCUUCAUCACAGAGAUGCCAUCAUCCUCAGGCCAGCCUGGUCAGGGAAAAAAGAUUGGUCACAGAGGAGUGGAUGCAUCAGGGGAAACUACUUACAAAAAGACCACGUCUUCGGCCUUGAAAGGUGCCAUCCAGCUGGGUAUCGGUUACACUGUGGGUAACCUGAGCUCAAAGCCUGAGAGAGAUGUGUUGAUGCAGGAUUUCUAUGUGGUGGAGAGCAUCUUUUUCCCCAGUGAAGGCAGCAACCUCACUCCAGCCCAUCAUUUUCCAGACUUCCGCUUUAAGACAUAUGCUCCCGUGGCCUUCCGCUACUUCAGAGAACUGUUUGGCAUCAGGCCAGAUGACUAUCUGUACUCCCUGUGUAAUGAGCCACUCAUCGAGCUGUCCAAUCCUGGAGCUAGUGGCUCGGUCUUUUAUGUCACGAAGGAUGAUGAGUUCAUCAUCAAGACUGUGAUGCACAAGGAGGCUGAAUUCUUACAGAAACUGCUGCCAGGAUACUACAUGAACUUGAAUCAGAACCCUCGCACUUUGCUGCCCAAGUUCUUCGGCCUCUACUGUGUCCAGUCGGGUGGGAAGAACAUCCGCGUGGUGGUGAUGAACAACAUCCUGCCUCGUGUGGUUCGCAUGCACCUCAAAUAUGACCUGAAGGGAUCCACCUACAAGAGGCGAGCAUCCAAGAAGGAGAGGGAGAAGGCCAAGCCAACUUUCAAAGAUCUGGACUUCAUGCAAGACAUGCAGGAUGGACUGAUGCUGGAUCAGGACACAUAUAAUGCAUUGGUUAAGACCCUACAGAGAGACUGCCUGGUGCUGGAAAGCUUUAAGAUCAUGGACUAUAGCUUGCUACUCGGGGUUCACAACAUAGACCAGGCAGAAAGGGAGAGGCAGAUGGAGGGCUCCCAGGGCAGCAGCGAUGAGAAGAGGCCUGUGGCCCAGCAGAAGGCCUUGUACUCCACAGCCAUGGAGUCUAUCCAGGGAGGAGCUGCCUGCGGAGGGUCCAUUGACACUGAUGAUACGAUGGGCGGUAUCCCGGCUGUCAAUGGAAAAGGAGAGAGACUUCUUCUCUACAUUGGAAUCAUUGACAUCCUGCAGUCCUACAGGCUAAUCAAGAAACUGGAGCACACAUGGAAAGCUUUGGUUCAUGAUGGGGACACUGUGUCAGUUCACCGGCCUGGCUUCUACGCCGAUAGGUUCUUCAAGUUCAUGAGCAACAUGGUUUUCAAGAAGAGCUCCUCUCUGAAGUCAUCUCCUUCUAAGAAGGGUCGUGUGUCAUUGACGGUGCCUAAGUGCGUUGGUCCUGGUGCAGCCUGGUCAGCCAGCCAGCUGCCCUCUGACAGAGACGAGAAUAUGUUUGACCUGAGAGGAGCGCACAGCUUCCCCACCCUGGAGGAUGAGGGACGACCAGAUCUUCUUCCAUGUACUCCGCCAUCAUUCGAAGAAGCCACCACUGCAUCAAUUGCUACGACUCUCUCCUCCACCACUUCUUUGUCAAUCCCUGAGCGAUCCCCAUCUGACACAGCUGAGCACCCUCGCUACAGGAGGCACACCCAGUCUCUCAGCCAUGAUGGGAGGACCCAGGAGGAGCUGCGUGUGCGUGAGGAGGAUCAGCAGAUCAUCACAGUGGAGGUGGAGUUGAAGAGGCACGACAGCGAGCCCACUCUCUCUCUUCCACAGCUCACAUCUGAAACCAGUGACGUUCAGGAAGUAGCCAGCACUGAGGCUCAUGAUGCUACAGCAGCUCCCUCAGGCUCUUUGUCAGCCCCUGAAGCAGCCCCCUCCUCCUCAUCUGCCCAAGCUGCUCCCUCCUCUCCUGGGGCAGUCGAGGAAGCCCUGUCCAGCCCUAAGCUGGUGGUAGUGGAGGCGGACAAUGCUAGCCAGGUGUCUGGCUCGGGGUGUACCAGCCAGGCUUCAGUAGACGAUGACGAUGACGUGCCAAUCACAGAUAUCUACUUCCCUCCAGAGGACAGGACCUGGGUGUACUCUCCGCUACACUAUGGCUCAGAGUCUAAGGCCCUGCCAGAUGGGGAUUGGGAAAGAGAGACAAAACCUACCUCUACAUUACAGCAUUCAUUUCUCAUUGUUAAGUGAGUGGAAAUGUUCAGUGACUGCCUGCAUGACCAUUUAUCCCAUGACCAGCCAUCCUGUGUCCCUCCAACAACAAGCUGCUCAGUAUUUACUGCACCACUCUAUCGGCCUGCAUGAAGCUGUUACACUUGUGCAUUACCAGACUCCCGCACCUCAUGAUUAUACUUGCACAUGGACAUAAUUUUUUAAUUAGAAGAUGUUGGUGAUCUUUUUAAAUCCAUUAAUAUAUUUGUUUUAAGCAUUUAUGAUAGGUAAAUCUGACAAACUGGACAGAUAAAGUGAUAAAAAUGUGGCUCCACAUUGCUUGGCUCUGACUGUUUUCCCUUAGAGGUUAUAUAUGAGGUCUCUGGAAGGCUGCUUGUCUACUUUGUUCGGUGUAGCAGCAUUUGCCAUGCUGUACUGCAUGACAUUCUUAUCUGACUCAUUUUGUUUUUCAUAUUCUCAGACAAGACAGCUAACACUAGGGAUGUCCGAAUCAAGGUUUUCUUUUCAUGUGUGACAGAAGGUGUGAAAAAUAUCCCAAACUGUCUGCCAAACUUCUUUUAUUUUCCAGUUCCAUAAUUUGACACUGCAGAUCUGUAGGCCACUUGUUACUUUUUGUGAAACAGUAGCCUCUCAGCCGCGGUAGACAAUGUCCAUCCCAGUGAGUUAAAAUACACAAUGUGCUUUGAGUUGCAUUAGAAUUAUGUAGUGAGUACAGAUCAAUAACAAUAUUUCUUGCUGGUUCAAGACAUCCCUACUUUGCAGUAUUAGUUGUUCUAAGAUAAUUCUCUUAAAAUGUAUUAGAUGUGGGGUAAAUGCAAGCAGACUUUAAAAAGCAGUACACAAUAACUUACACUCACAUAGUGUCACUUUAAUGUGUAAUGCAUGAAUACAUCUACACUUUCCUGAUUUUCAGGUACUCAGGGGUGUUUGUCAUGUCUAUGAGAUUUCACCUGGCCUUAUCUAUUCUAUUUUCCUGUAUCCACAACCUUUUAAAAAUGAAAUGUGAUUAGCUGACUCAGUGUUUUACCAUCAUUAACAAAUAAUGCAUGAGCAGAUACAUAUUUUACACCCCAGGGAAAUAAAACUGUUUGAUGUGGUCAUUCUUUUU